UUGCGGCUGCCUGCGGGGCGGCGGCGGGCGGACGGCCGGGAUGAUCCGGUUCCGUAGCUCCAGCAUCAGGUCGCUGAGCCCGGAGAUGAAAUGCACCGUGCGGCUACUGGACGACUCCGACAUCUCCUGCCACAUCCAGAGGGAAACGAAAGGUCAGUUUCUCAUAGAUCACAUCUGCAACUAUUACAGCUUGCUGGAAAAGGAUUAUUUUGGCAUUCGAUAUGUUGACCCUGAGAAGCAGAGGCACUGGCUUGAGCCCAAUAAGUCCAUCUUCAAGCAAAUGAAAUCUCAUCCACCAUAUACCAUGUGCUUUAGAGUGAAAUUCUACCCUCAUGAACCCUUGAAGAUUAAAGAAGAGCUCACCAGAUACCUCUUAUACCUGCAAAUAAAAAGGGAUAUUUUCCAUGGCCGUUUGCUGUGUUCUUUUUCUGAUGCUGCCUACCUGGGUGCCUGUAUAGUCCAAGCUGAACUUGGUGAUUACGAUCCUGAUGAACACCCAGAGAAUUAUAUGAAUGACUUCAAGAUUUUUCCCAAACAGUCACAUAAGCUUGAGAAGAAAAUAGCUGAAAUACAUAAAACUGAAUUCAGAGGUCAGAGCCCAGCUGUUUCUGAAUUUAAGUUGCUCCUGAAAGCACAUUCAUUAGAAACUUAUGGUGUUGAUCCUCAUCCUUGCAAGGACUCAACAGGAACAACUACAUUUUUAGGAUUCACAGCUGCAGGAUUUGUAGUUUUCCAGGGGAACAAACGAAUUCAUUUGUUAAAAUGGUGUGAUGUCUAUAAGCUGAAAUUUGAAGGGAAGACUUUUUAUGUGUUUGGAGCUCAGAAAGAGAAAAAGGCUGUACUGACAUUCCAUACCUCAACACCAGCAGCCUGCAAGCAUCUUUGGAAGUGCGGGGUGGAGAACCAGGCUUUUUAUAAGUAAGUAAA